AUGAAAGUCUGCUCGGUCAACCAGCUCUGGCCGUCGAUGACCCAGUUGAUGUACCCUGUGCACUGGAACUUGUGUCUGUGGUUUGCCUGCGCCCAGGUGAGUGUGACUAGGUUUUCCUAUCGUCUGUUGGGCAGGCCUUGGGGUGCUAGACCUCGGAGACUUCAGAUAUACACAUCGUGUCGGUUACAUGCCGACAGCUUCGCUGCUUUCUUGUCCAUCUCUAUCGCUGCCAUGCUCUGCGAAACUGCAGAGACUUUGCCAAUCAACAACACCCUGGGCAGCAACUCAGAGUUCAUAUUUAAAACCCAAGCAUCCACAAACGACAUGCAUCAGAAGCCAAUUCCGCACGUCCAACUGCACGGUGUGACAAAGAAUCCUGACCGUUUGGCAUGGAGACAUGAGUUGUUUAUCGACGGUAUCGAAGGAGAGCCGCGCGAUGAACGACAGCACGUGAUGGCGAGCCUCAAGAGGAUCCAAAAGAGAAAGAAGAAGCGCAAGGUGGAGAAGGCAUAG